GACGAAUUUAAGAUUAUAGGUUGAUUCAAAACACUUUAAAAUACAAACUAAACAGAUUCUAAACACUAUAGAACAAGAAAGUAAAGGGGGAUUUUGUUUUGACGAAAAUUGAAAUAACAAAACAAGUUGUAAAACUAGACAGAUGAUCACUUCUUCCAUUUGUUCCAAAACUUGUUUCUCAAGUGGCAGUUGCCUGGAAGUCUCGCCUUCUUUAGGUAUGAGCUGUGCUUAAAACUAUUGUACAUUCCAAGAGUUUGUCAUCAGCAGAGUUAUGUCAACUGAAUUCCUUUUUCCUUAUAAGAUUGUCUUUACUCUUUUCUUUAAGUACUUCAAUGGUUGUGUAACUCUAGAUUUGGUUCUAAAACAAUUAGAGGUUCCCCAUUUACACAAACCAUUGUAGUGGGGUAUUAAAUGAUUUAUGUCUUUUAACUUCUGGAAAUGGUGUUACCUAAAUAUCAUUAAAUGCAGGCUUUUAGUGAGGCUUUCAAGGACUGCAAUCCUGUAUCCCCUUUAAAAUUGGCUUGUAUUUCCGUACUGGAGGAGCUGCUAGUUCCUAGACAAGACAUGCUGUACCUGGAUCUGAGUAUUCCCGAGAUAUUACACUUUCAGAUUACGUGGAUAAGAGAGCUUCCUGUGUUGCUUAUUCUGCUGGAUGAUAAAAACCCAUACUAUUCCCAAGUUGUGCUGCACCUUCUACUUCGCCUGGGACAAUGUGCUUUAGUGAACUCUUCCUUUGCAUGGGAAUAUGACAACAUGGAAUUGUCACUGCAAGAAUUUUUUGGCAUAAGUCAAGAUGAUGGAAAUGUAUUAUAUGGUCCCUUUUUAAGGCUUCCCAGAGAUUCUCAAGAACUCUCUUUCCUGCCUCUGUUAUAUCUCUAAUUUGGGUCCACCUUUGCUGAAGUCAAUAGCUUACUGUUGCCUAUGUCCUGAUCUGGAGCAAUAUGUAUUAUUUCGAAUCAUAGAGGUCCUGAAUUCAGCAUAUAAAUCUGGGCAUAUUCAGAUUGUUGAUCACAUUAGUUUCUUGAUCGCUUUGCUCUCCCGUUUCAGAGUUUUCCCAGAAAAUAUCGUUCCUGUUAGAGAGAGUGAUGUGAAUAUCUCAAAUCGAGGGACUUUUAAGUCACUCAGCCGAAUUGUCUGCUCAUGCCUGUCACAGAUGGGUGAUAAUACUCUUGUUUUGCAGAUGCUAGAGAAAAUUAUACUCGAUCAGAUGUCUCAAAAUCCUCCUCUAGACAAUGUAUGUGCUAUGCUUAGGACGCUUAUUACACUGGACUCUAAAACCACGAUAAUUUCCCAAAGAGCUUUUAUAAGCCUAGGCAAUAUCCUUCCACGGUAUCUGAUUGACGUUGUGCAGUGCAUUGUUGAAGAUGACAAGAAGACCACCGUUUCCAUUUCUUCAAGUUCAUGUCGUUAUUAUCUCAUCCCUUGCUUUGUCUUGUUUGAUAAAAGUCACGAACUUCUGAAUCUUGUAUUGAAUACGUUGGGGUCAUGGAUAACUGAAAGUAGUUUGCUGCAUGUAACUGGUGAUCUUACCCACUACGCAACUGACAUUUCAAGUAUGGUAGAUGCAGUCGUUUUCCUGCUUCAAUUGAUGCAUAUAGAUGACAAAAUCUGUCAAAUCAUAUCUUCGUUCAAGGCAGAGAUUGACUAUAUCAUGGAAGGCAUCAGGUUAUUACAGUCGUCAGAGGAAAUCAGCAUGACGAUUGAAGAAAAGCAUAAGGUGCAUAAGGUGCAAUGUGCACAUGGUAGACUACACAAUGUAACAAAUACACUGCACAGUGAGAUGCAGUCAGUCUAGAAGAACGUUGUUAACCUGAGGUAACCUGCGUUGUGGGUCUUCUUCAUAAGCAUCUUUAGAAUU